UCGAUCGUUUAAAAGAAGCUCUCCGUGUUGAUUUGAAAGGCUACGUAUUAUCAAGCUUCAUUGCGGCCUUGGGGUUUUGAAGAGGGGCAUCUGAUUAAGUUACUGUAAUACAGAAAGAAAACAGGAAGGAAGAAGGAAGACAGUGGGAGACUCAACUGAGCCAGGUUUUGUAGCAUGACGGUAAGAGGAAGGGGACAAAGAUAGCCAAGGGACAGCAAAAUUUCUGAGGAAUCCCACCUCCUGAAAGGGAGGGCAGUGUUUACUCUGUACUCUGUGACAAGCUACAUCAAGCCUUACCAAAAGAGACACCUUCACCAUGUGGACAGCUGCUCAGCUCCCUGAGGAAACCUCAAGGCCAUUAAAUCCUACAAACCCAGUUCCUCGGCCAGGACGCCACAGAAGGCCCAUGACGGCUCCAAACACCCCGGAAGAGAAGAGAGCGAAGAUCAAGAAAGUGUUGAUCACUACACUAACAGUUAUGUUGAUACUGGGCAUACUGGCCAUUGCAGCAUACUUCAUUAAAAACUUGAUUGAAAGCAAAUACUUUUUUUGCACACGGUCUGUGAAAUUCAUCCCGUUAGACAAAACCUGCGAUGGGCACAUUGACUGUGCAGGAGCAGAAGAUGAAAUUACCUGCAUGACGACCUUUAAAGUAAACACUACAUUUCCAGUGCGACUCCAGUCGAAUGAUCAGGUCUUGCAAGUUUACGGUCCAGACUCAGGUUGGCGGACUGUUUGUUCUGACGACUGGACCCAAGCGCACACACUGACGGCAUGUACACAACUGGGAUACACAAUGAAGCCUACUAGCAAAAACAUCUUAGUAAGCUCCUUAACGUCACUGAUGAAAACUGGACCAUUUACAGCUGUCAGGCCAGGGACCUCAAACACACCUAUACAACAAGCCACUGCUGACCGUAGUGUAUGCCAGUCUGGAUCUGUGGUAUCUUUAUCCUGUUCAGACUGUGGAAAUGUGGGCGCUGAUGAUCGCAUCGUUGGGGGCACUGAUACAUCCAUUGACCACUGGCCAUGGCAGGUCAGCCUGCAGCGGUCUGGCCAACAUACAUGUGGAGGCUCACUGGUGUCACCGCGCUGGGUAGUCACUGCUGCCCACUGCUUCACUGGAAGUAAUAAGGAGUUGAGGCAAUGGGCAGUGGUGUCAGGCCAGACAAGCAUAAUCACACUGGGAGGCUCCUCUGUGGACAGAGUUAUAGUGAAUGCAGACUACAAUGCAGAAACAAAUGACUAUGACAUAGCACUGAUGAGACUCACUAGGCCAAUCACAGUGUCAGAUGUCAGAAGACCAGUUUGUCUGCCUCCUAAAGACUAUAGCAUUACAGCUGAAACCUACAUGACAGUGACAGGGUGGGGAUACCGACGGGAAAAUGGUGCAGUUGCUGACAUACUGCAGGAGGCCAAAAUCCCUCUGAUAGCUCAGUCAGUAUGUUCCAGCCCCGCAGUCUAUGGUAGUGUCAUAACAAAUAGGAUGCUCUGUGCAGGCUUCCUAGAAGGGAAGGUUGAUGCCUGCCAGGGGGACAGUGGAGGCCCUUUGGUGCAUAUCAGUGACUCCAGUUGGAAUCUGGUAGGCGUAGUGAGCUGGGGUGUUGGCUGUGCCCGGAAGGGAAAGCCAGGUGUUUACACCAACGUGGAAGUGAUGCUCAACUGGAUCCAAACAGUCAUUGAGAAAAACCCAUGAUGUCAUCCACUGUGAUAAACAACCACCAUGAGAAUCCAGUGUGGUCUACCGCUGAUGGACUGUGAAACUGUCAAACCUGGUUUUGUUUUGUUUUUUUGAGGGGUUUUUUCCAUUUUGGUUGCCAAAAGGUGAGAGAAGGUUGCAGAGAGAGGGGAAGUUGAAGAUCUCAACAGCAAAAUGGAAACAGAAACACAGCCAUAUGCAUAAACAAAGUGCGCGCGCGUGCACACGCACACACUUCAUCAAACACACACGUCAGGUGCUGCUUGUGCCAUUUCAUAUUCGUUAUCUCAGGGGACAAUUGUAUUUAUGCCUGUAGCUGUGUGAACUAGUAUGUUUGGGAUCUUUAUAGCAGAGUGUCAUACAUGUUUUUUUGUUUUUAAAGCAUUUUUGUGUUCGUAUGUGUCUUUGUCACACCCAAGUAAUUGACUUGUGUUGUUGUUUUGUUUUCCUUAGAGAAGAACCAUCAAAGUU